CGCCCAAGCCCCUCCCCGUCCACAGAACCGGACCUCGAACAGCAGGAGCCCGGAAGAUCACAGCUAAGCUCCACCGUCAUCGACGGCCAAGUCGAGCAGCAAGUGCGCAUGGAAAUCCCCAUGGCGGUCGACGAGAAUCUGAACAUGUUCCGGCUCCUGGUCGGCAUCAUAUCGCAUCCGUCAAUGGGUCCUAAUUCCAAACAUCCAGCUGGGAAUAGGCCAGCGCCGAACCUGGGCAUCUAUGCCCGUGUCGUGCACAACGAAAUGACGGCCAAGACGGGCUACAAGAGGAUGUCCGUGUUGAUCAAUGGGUGUCUGGGCUUGCAGAUUAUCGUUGCCGCCUCGCUCGUGGCACUGGGUGCCUCCAACUCGAGCCACAGCACAGUCACAGCUUUCGGUGCCAUUAACACAGUCAUCGCGGGCAUCCUCACCUUUCUCAAAGGCUCGGGUCUACCGAACCGGAUGAAGUAUUACCAGAACGAGUGGAAGAAAAUCCGGGAAUACAUCGAGCAGCGAGAACGCGAUUUCAGCCGUCCUAAUUGUGGCCUUGAUCCGUAUAGUGUUGUAGCGACGGUCGAAGCCAUGUAUGAAGAAGUGAAGCUGGACACGGAAGCCAAUACGCCGGAACGCUUCGCCGGGGUGGGCAAGCAGAGGAGUGCAGGGACGAUGAAACCUAUCGGGAUGCUUGAGAAUGCCAAGGUCGAGCUUAUGAACAGCGACAAGCUGAAGAGCCUGGAAGCUAGCUUUGCGCAUCAUAGAUCUGCCAAGGAUCUGGAAGCUGGUUUGGGCCAGAGAGCGCACGAUGUUCAGGAGGGAUUUGGGAAUACAGAAAAAGAUUUGGAGGCUGGCAUUGACCGGCGACUGCAUGAUUUCGAGGAGGAACUAAGAAGCAGGGAGAAGGAUAUAGAAGUGGGUGUGAGCGGUCUGGGAGACAGGGCACAAGAAAUCCAAUCGAGUCUUGGGCACAAAGUGAGGGAGCUGGAACUUUUCGGCAACAGGCUCAAGGAUAUUGCUUCUGAGAUUGGAAUCAAGGCGAAAGAUGCAGCGAUGGAAGCCGAGGCGCACGGGAGCAGCUUGGUCAAGGAAGCGGAGAGUGCAGCGGAACAUGGAAGGCGGAUUGCAGACGAAGGUCAUGCUGUAGGUCAUGUUUGA